GCGGGCGCCGGGCGCCGCUGGCUGGACCAUGCGCGAGCCGACCUCGGGCUGCUGAGCGCGGGACGCGGAAGCGGAGGCGACAGCCCGAGCUCCCCGCGCUCCCGGUCGAGUUCAGUCCGCGGGGCGGCGGCGGGAUGGAGCCCGCGACCGCGCCCCGGCCCGACAUGGCGCCGGAGCUGACCCCAGAGGAGGAGCAGGCUACCAAGCAGUUUCUGGAAGAGAUUAACAAGUGGACAGUUCAGUACAACGUUUCUCCACUCUCUUGGAAUGUGGCUGUCAAGUUCCUCAUGGCCAGGAAGUUUGAUGUGCUCCGUGCCAUAGAGUUAUUCCACUCCUACAGGGAAACACGAAGGAAGGAAGGCAUUGUGAAGCUGAAACCUCAUGAGGAACCUCUCCGUUCUGAGAUCCUCAGUGGAAAGUUCACCAUCUUAAAUGUUCGGGACCCAACAGGAGCCUCCAUUGCCCUCUUCACUGCCAGGUUGCAUCAUCCUCAUAAGUCAGUCCAACAUGUGGUGCUUCAGGCUCUGUUUUACUUGCUAGACAGAGCUGUGGAUAGCUUUGAAACUCAGAGGAAUGGACUGGUGUUUAUCUAUGACAUGGGCGGUUCUAAUUAUGCCAACUUUGAGCUGGAUCUUGGCAAGAAAGUCCUAAACCUGCUGAAGAUUCAGAUAUUGAAGACAUCUGAGGUCACCCAGCACCUACCCAGGGAGUGCCUUCCUGAAAACCUGGGUGGGUACGUCAAAAUUGACCUCGCCAGUUGGAAUUUCCAGUUCCUCCCCCAGGUGAACGGCCACCCAGACCCCUUCGAUGAGAUCAUCCUGUUCUCCCUCCCUCCUGCCUUAGACUGGGAAUCGGUGCAUGUUCCAGGUCCCCACGCCAUGACUAUCCAAGAGUUGGUGGACUAUGUUAACACCAGGCAAAAGCGGGGGAUUUAUGAGGAGUAUGAAGACAUCCGUCGUGAGAAUCCUGUUGGCACUUUCCACUGUUCCAUGUCACCAGGAAACCUAGAGAAGAACCGCUAUGGGGAUGUACCCUGCCUGGACCAAACUAGAGUGAAGCUGACAAAACGAAGUGGCCACACUCAGACAGAUUACAUCAAUGCCAGUUUCAUGGACGGCUACAAACAGAAGAAUGCUUACAUUGGUACACAAGGCCCUUUGGAGAAUACCUAUCGUGAUUUCUGGCUAAUGGUAUGGGAGCAAAAAGUCCUAGUGAUUGUCAUGACCACCCGGUUUGAAGAGGGUGGCAGGAGGAAGUGUGGUCAGUACUGGCCACUAGAAAAAGACUCUCGGAUCCGAUUUGGCUUCCUCACAGUGACCAAUCUAAGCGUGGAGAAUAUGAACCAUUAUAAGAAAACCGUCCUAGAAAUUCAUAAUGCAGAGGAGAGGCAAAAACGCCAGGUGACCCACUUCCAGUUCCUGAGCUGGCCAGAUUAUGGUGUACCUUCCUCGGCAGCUUCCCUCAUUGACUUCUUGAGAGUGGUGAGGAACCAGCAGAGGCUGGCCGUCAGCAGCAUGGGGGCACGCUCCAAAGCGCAGUCCCCUGAGCCACCCAUCGUCGUCCACUGCAGUGCAGGCAUUGGCAGGACAGGUACCUUCUGCUCACUGGACAUCUGCCUGGCACAGCUGGAGGAACUUGGCACCCUUAAUGUGUUCCAGACGGUGUCCCGCAUGAGGACCCAGAGGGCCUUCAGCAUCCAGACCCCUGAGCAGUACUAUUUUUGCUACAAGGCCAUCCUGGAGUUCGCAGAGAGGGAGGGCAUGGUGCCUUCCAGCCACAACCUGCUGGCCGUGGAGGGUCAAUAAUUGUCUCACAAGCCUCCCACCUGCUGGCCAUCCUUCCUUAAACUUCCCUGGACACUGCUGAGCCUAUAGGUUGCCAUCAGUUACGCUGAAGCCAUGGACCAACCUCUUUCUUGUGACUCCUGGCGCACGUGUCCACGCAAGGCAACCUUUCCCUUUGGCUAGAUAGAUGUGGUAAAAUUGCCACUAGAAAGGUCCAGCAGCAAUGUGUUCUUAAUUCCUAGCACCUGCUAUCGAACUGUGCCUUAUUAAAACCAAAUUGUGGCUAUUGAUUUUUGCCAGGGGCCCCGAGGUAAGUGGGGAAGGAACCUGCCUCCCACUCUUCCCAAUGCCAUUCUCCGUCUUGAGGUCUCCUGUCUCCCACUCCUUCCCUUUGCUAGAAUUUGAUGGGGAGGUUUGGUGAGCGUCCUCCUUCCUCCCAAGAGAGCUUGACCAAGUUACAUAUUCUAGAGAACAUCCCGAGUGCCAAGCCCCUUUAUACCUAGGGCGUGUAUUCCAGUCUUUUCUGUCAUUCUGUGUGUGUGCGUGUGUGUAUGUGCACUUAUCUGUAUGGGUCCAUGUGUACGUGUGUAUAUAAUAUAUAUUGUAUGUGAUAAUAUGGUCAUAUUCUAUAAAUACAUAUACACACAGAUACUCUUUUGUAGAAGUUCAUGGGGGCUUUGUGUUGCAGUUCAGGCCUGCUUGCUUCUUGGACCCUGCUGUUUAUCCUGGAGUAGCUGGGAUUGGGGAUUAUGUCUCCUAUUGUCAGACCACAGAGUGGUGGAAGAGGACACACACAUAUCCCCUCUUCAUGCUCCUGCCACAGACCCUUAUCCUUAAGUAAUGACUUAUCUCCCCCUGGAGUCCCUGGGUGGUGCAAACGGUUAAUGCACUCAGCUAACCGAAAGGUUGGAGGUUCGAGUUCACCCAGAGGCGCUAUGGAAGAAAGUCCUGGUGAUCUACUUCUGAAAAAUCAGCCAUUGAAAACCCUAUGGAGUGCAGCUCUACUCUGACACACAUGGGGUCGCUGUGAGUUGGAAUUGACUCAGCGGCAACUGGUUUUUCUCCCUUUAGGAUGCUGCCUGUUGAAGCCAAGAAUACUGGUUUGUGGUGACACUGACAUAAUUCAGCAUGGAUUGCCCUUAUCUAAUGAUUUUUCUCUGUUUACUUUGCCAAUUUUGGGAACAGACCUCCACUGUGAUUCCAGACCUUUUCCUCCCUCUCACUGUCCCUCAGAGAUGGGGGUCUGGAGGUAGAGCUGAGCUCACUGAGCAGCCAGAGCCAAAAGCAAUCGGUACGAAGUCUUAGAAGUAAAAAGGGGGAGGCCAGGUCUGAGGGAGAGGAAACUACUAUGAGAAUCCAAGCUGGGGCCUCUUUUUCUUUUGCUGGAGUGUUCCUUUCCUUAUGCAACUUGCCCCAUUUCUCCCUGCCUACUAGCCUGCCAGACCCUUGAGCUUGAGCUAGGUGGGUUCUGUGCCAAUGAAAACCUUAACCCCUGGCUGGGUGAGGUGGUCCCCUGUAAUCACUGUUUGCCUCCUACCCACCCAACCCGCCCUGCUUGCUCCCAGCCCACCCAGCCUGAUGUGCCCGGGAUGGAAUCCAGAGUCCCCAGUAUUCCACAUUCCCAAGAAAAUGCCAGGAACCCCUAAACCUUCUUCCCCUAUCACAGAAGAUGAGGUUGGCAGCUGAUCAAACCUCAAUAAUUUUAUACUGUAAUAAGCUCUUUGAAUGUGUAUAUUCUUAUUUUUACAAUCUUCAUUUUGUAUUUAACAUCAGUGAACUGAGUCAGAUUCAGAAAUAAUUGUAAAUGUUCUUAUUCAAUAUCUUACAGCGAUACAGUUUUGUAUUUACAUAUAAAUAUAC